CCGUAAACCAGGCAGUCAGAAACCAAAUGUGAAGAGGCAGUGAAGGGUUCAGUUCCGGCUUUUCCUCUUCCUUCUCCACUUUAUCUUAUUGAGGGAGGAUUUUUAUUCGGAUUUAUUGAUGGAUGCUUAUCCUAUGUCUGUCUCGUUGGGUGAAUACGACGAGACCGUGUGGUUCAAGUUUUUCUAUGAGGUAAGCACCAGCGGAACUGUAUCACGGGAAGAACUAAUUAGCGAAAUUUUGCUACUCAAGCAAUCGGGAUCCUACAGCGUGAAUGCUUGUGAAGCCCUUAGCGAUUGGAUCAUCAUUUUGUCUCGUGUACGCAGUGAACCAUGUACUGUUCAAUUCUUUUUUGAGCACUAUGAACGGAUCAUGGAAGAUUAUAUGCUUGCGAAAGAUCAUUUUGACACUCUUCGGAAGGACGACGAAUUCAAGGAUCUCUGCUGGACUCUCUACAAACAAAGCCGGUACAAGGCUUUAGUAAGAUGCAGGGCGGAUGAUUUCUCUUUCUUGUUUCCUGGAUUGAUGGGGCCCGCGUUGUUCGAUUUUUUCUGUGAGGUAAGCAACAGCGGAACUGUAUUACGGGAAGAACUAAUAAGCGGAUUUUUGCAACUGAAGCAAUCGAGAUUCUACAGCGUCAGUGUUUGUCAAGCCUUUAGCGAUUGGUUCAUUUUCUCUCGUCGACCCCGUAAACGAGAUUCUCCUGGGCUCUCUCUUGAGGAUUAUGAGCUUGCGAAAGCUCAUUUUUACACUCUUGCGAAUGAUGACGAAUUCCUGAGUCUCUGCUACUCUCUCCACCGUUGGUACCAAAGUGGUAAAAAAACCUCGUGCAAGCCUCUAAAACUUGUUCCGUUCGAUAAGAGACUUCUUGAUGAAUUUGGGGUUUUGAAGGGCCACGCUGAUGCUAUUGAAGAAGGUUUGGUGUUUGACGGCGAUGGACUCAUCCCUGUGCCUAAUGUCUCCAGCUAUGUCCUCUCUCAGGUCAUCCUCUUCUUGGAGAAGAAACAGCAUUUCCAGGAGACCCACGACAAAGCUGCCGCCCACUACGAGGGCUGGUCCACCGCCUUUUUCAACCGGAACAGUCCCAUUAUCUCCGAGUUGCAUCAGGCUGCGCAAGAUCUUCAGAUCCCAAGCUUGCUGGAAUCGAUAAGUAAGGUGCAAAAGCGCAAGGAUGGUGGCCGCCUCAAUGACAAUUUGUCGAGCGAAAUGUUCCACUAUUUCUGUGGUAUGGCCGGCAACAACAAACGCGGCAGAGCCAUUCUGGAGGAAUUGAAUAACAUCAAGUUAUUUAGAGGCUUGGAUAAGGUUGCCUGUGAAAACUUCGGAAAAUGGUUCACUCAGAUUGGAGAUUUGGGUAGGGACCAUCACAAUGAAUUCAAGACUCUUAUGAAGUCCCUUGACUUCAGUCAAGUCUGCCUUUCUCUAUACCGGGGCGACGAACGUCUGCAAUUUCCCCAGGUCUCCCUAAAAAGCCAAGACGGAGUGAUCUUGAAGAUGGAUAAGAGGGUUGCCGUUGAUGAAUCAGUGUUUUUAAGACUCUGUGUUAGGCAUAGUGGUUGGUGGACCAAGAUCCCUGUGAGCAUUGGUAGCCCUGUACUCUCAUCGGUCAUUGACUUCUGUUGUAAGGUAUGGGAUUUCAAUAAGAUAUAUGGUUCCCGCCGGAUCAAGGAGGGCCUUGUGGUUGUGGAUCAUUUCCGGGGAUGGGUCACAGAAUUCCUCAAGAAUAACAUAGACAUGCUCUCCGAAUUGUACGAGGCUGCUGACUUUCUUGAAAUCCCGAGCCUGUUGCUGCUUACAACUGAGGAGGUGACAGAUCUGGUGACGAGGCCCCUUGAUAAGGCAUCGGUGUUGUCUGGGAAACUAUCAUUUUCGCGAAUGCUCUCAUCCCUUUUCGUUAAAUUCACAGAGUAGGGUUGGCCAUCAAGUAGGAAAUUGGUUUGCUGUUGUUAAUCAAAGGACUACUUGAUUUGAUCGUUCCCCAUUUUUAUGUUUACUUUCUUGGUAAACUUCAGUUUGUUCUCUAUUUGAAGGUUUGUAGUAGCAAUUGAUGAUGAAACCAUCCAUUUGGAUAUUGCACUAUCGAUCCCUUCUAGUGGGAUAAGAUUUUGUUGUUGUAAAAGUAGCCUUACUCUGUAAACGAUUAUGUAUAUAAGUAUAUGAUUUUGAUUGAACUUAGUUGAUUUUUUUAUUGGUUA